GGAUACUUGACGCCUGAAUACUUUAUGUAGCCAUAGUUUCAAAAUGGAGAUAUCAUUCUAGUGUUAUGAGUGUUUGUGAUGGUAUUAUCGUGUUGUGCCUUGGAAAUCAUCAUCAGAUCGAGACCGGCGCGGGGAAGACAGGGGUUGAUAUACCGACGACGCAGGACGGGGAGGAUAAAGUUAUGAAAGAUGGGCGAGAUGGAAGGAUCUAGAGAUGUUCUAUGAUUUCAUCCAUUCUUCCAUCUGAUCUGUGAUGAGUGUUCAUGUUGUCAGCAUCAAAAACUACCCCACGGAGAAGGUUUUCCGUAUUCCCCCGCAUUAUCGACAGAUUCGGAAUUAUUUAUGCGUUGAGGUUUAAAAAAAGGCUUCAACGUCGAUUGAAUUCGACCCCUCCAUCUCUCCUCAUCUAUCCAGUCUGACCAUCCGUCAAUAUAUAUCACACAAUGAACGGAGUCAACGGACAUCAAAAAGCCGUGCCAAACCGGCUCUUCGCCAGCACCGCACCGCAACUCGACGACUUUAAGAAAAUAUGCUCCCAAACCACCAACACAUCCACCUACCCCUUAGCUGCAUCCAUUGAAAGGAACAUCCCCAUCUACGACGCCUCAGCACUGGAUGUAUCCUCUCCCGACGCCGUCCAGAAUGAAUGGCAUCACGCCCUCGCCAGCGGCCCGGGCGUGUUCGUCCUCAAAAACAUGUACAACACAGUACAGUACGACACCAUCCUAGCCUCGACAGACGCUGCCUUCCAGCGCAUCAUCAAACACGAACAGCAGAUCACCGGCGCAGUCAAAGGCGACCAUUUCGCCGCCGGCGGCCGCAACAACCGCAUCUGGAACUCCUUCAGCAAACACGCCCUCGACGACCCGGCCUCCUUCGUCGAGUACUACUCCAACCCGUGGCUGCGUCUCGUCAGCGAGACCUGGCUGGGCCCAGCGUACCGCGUCACGGCGCAGGUGAAUAUCGUCAAACCAGGCGGCGCCGCGCAGGACAGCCACCGCGACUACCAUCUCGGCUUUCAAGUCGAAGACAGCUGCUCAAAAUUCCCCGCCGCGAUGCAAAUCGCUUCGCAGUAUCUCACGUUACAGGGGGCCGUGGCACAUAGCGAUAUGCCGCUGGCGAGUGGGCCGACGCGAUUCCUCCCCUUCAGCCAGACAUAUCCGCCGGGGUAUCUUGCGUAUCGGCGGGAGGAGUUCCGCGCGUACUUUCAAGAGAACUACGUCGCGUUACCGUUGUCGCUGGGCGAUGGGGUAUUUUUCAACCCGGCGCUGUUCCAUGCGGCUGGGGCGAAUGAGACGGCGCUCGAAGAUGACUUCCAUCGCAAGGCGAACCUGUUGCAGAUUAGUAGUGCGUUUGGGAAGCCGAUGGAGACGGUGGAGACGGUUCCGUUGAUUAAUGCGUGCUGGGAUGUGAUGAGGGAGAGGUAUCGUACUGCUGGGGGGUUGGAUGGGGGAUUGGGUGAUUUUGUCAAGGCCGUGGCGGAGGGAUAUCCGUUUCCUACGAAUUUGGAUCGAAGACCGCCGGCGCCGAGUGGGAUGGCGCCGGAGAGUGAGCAGGAGAUUGUGAUGAGGGGAUUGGAGGGGGGAUGGGAGAGAGAAAGGGUGGUGGAGGAGUUGGAGAGGAUGAUUAGGGAUUCGAAGGCGUGAUUUGGAUGGUUAUGAGUAAGGUAUAUAGACGUGAAGAUCAAGAAUGACGAUGAUAGACAGUGAUAAGCUGGUAUGCAGGCUGGUAUUCAGUUAACAGCAAUAUUCAUUGAUAUACAGAAUUAUUAUUAAGAUAAUGACGAAGAAUAGAAAUAGAAAUAGAAUCAGCUGAUAUUAAUUAAUAUUAAAUAAGAAGAAGAUGAUGAUGUCCAACGUUAUCCGUUAAGAUCGAUCGCCACGAUCAACAUUGCUAGUCGAUCGACCAUCUCUCCUCCUCCAUAGUCCAUUCUUUCGAUCAUCAAGAAUGCCAGCUUCAUCCAUUCCAGCGCCCUGGUAACGCGAUGCCAAACAGCGUCUCUGGUUAUUAUCCAGGAUGGCGUGGCGUUUGGUUCCUGGGAUUGUGAAACAUUGAGAGGGUCCGUCGAGGCCUUUUCGUCCUUCUUCGCCCCGU